AUCUCGCAAAACUCUACGAAACUACAAAGGAUUUCUGACUAACAAGGUUAGUGAAAUGUCUCCUCCAGAAUAGACGCUUCUACGUAACGCUCCAGUCCAAGAACAGUCGGUGGAGGGACCAAAAAAAUGGGCUACCACAGGGAAGUGUCCUCGCGCCGAUUCUAUACAACAUAUACACCAACAACCAACCCAUACACCAACAAGCAAGGCAAUUUAUUUACGCUGAUGAUACAGCGGUGAAAGCUCAGGGAAGAACCUUCAAGGAAGUCGAAGUGAAACUGACAGAUGCCCUGGGAGACUUAGCUCUAUACUAUGAUAAAAACCAUCUGACACCCAAUCCCACAAAAACCCAGGUAUGUGCUUUCCACCUGAGAAACAAGCAUUCCCGAAGGUCGCUGGAGGUGGAAUGGCGUGGUCAGAUGCUGGAACACAACAAGACGCCAAAAUACCUUGGCGUCCGUCUGGAUAGAACUCUGUCUUACCGAUACCACUGUCAAGAUGUCAAGAAGAAAGUAAGUGCCAGAAAUAAUAUCAUCCGCAAGCUAACUAAUACAAAAUGGGGAGCACAACCACACACUCUCCGCACUUCUGCCUUGGCAUUAUGUUUUUCGGCCACGGAGUUUGGAGCAUCAGUAUGGGCAAACUCUGCUCACGCAAAGAACGUCGACGUGGCUCUAAAUGAAACGGUCCGUAUAAUAUCGGGUUGCCUGAAACCGACACCUAUCGAAGAGGUAUACCCCAUUGCUGGAAUUGCUCCACCACCUAUCAGGAGGAAGGUCACGUCAGAGGUAGAACGGAAAAAGCAGGAGACGGACCGAAGACACCCCUUAUAUGACCACCAAACUCAGCCAAGCAGACUAAGAUCUCGGAAAAGCUUCCUGAAAACAUCAAGAUCCAUCCCCGAAGCGCCAGAGACGCGCCGAAUACACCUAUGGCAAGUGUCAGCUACCGCGACACAUUUUCCUCCCUCGGAGGAAAUGGCUGCUGGACACAAUUUACCGUAUCCGACUUGGAAAGCGCUAAACAGACUAAGAACCGGCGUUUCACGUUGUGCCAGUAACCUGAAAAAAUGGGGAUACCAGGAGGACGAUACCUGCGACUGUGGCGCGGUUCAGACCAGCCGGCAUCUACUAUCAUGCACAGAGAUGAGAGAGACCUGCACAGAACAAGACUUAAUUAUAAAUCAAAUGUGCCAAAAAUUCUUAUAG